GCAUGCGCAUCGCUCUCCAGCCGGGCAUGGGGGUGGUGCGCGGAGAAAAGGGGCGGGGUGGUUGGAGCUGCUGUGCUGGCAGCGGUAGGCAAGGGCAAAGCUGCGGGUUCGUGGUGCUGAGGACGGGCGCCAUUGGAGCCCCAGCGAAGGCUGAGCUCUCUUAUGCUUGGGCCACACAGCAUGGCCCAGGGGAACUACAGCAUGGAAUCAGAAGGCUACAGUGUUGAAGACAUGGAUGAGGGUAGCCAGGGAGUCGGGGAGGAAGAGAUGAUUGAAGGAAACGACUAUGAAGAAUUUGGUGCUUUUGGUGGUUACGGCACCCUUACCAGCUUUGACAUCCGUAUCCUCAGAGCCUUUGGUAGCUUGGGUCCAGGCUUUCGCAUCUUGUCGAAUGAGCCCUGGGAACUGGAAAACCCUGUGCUGGCCCAGACCCUGGUGGAGGCACUGCAGCUGGAUCCAGAAACGCUUGCCAAUGAGGCAGCCGCCCAUGCUGCCAACAUAGCCCGCGCUGCCGCCUCCAACCGGGCUGCUCGGGCCGUUGCCGCCGCUGCCCGUAUCACCUCCAACAAUAGGGCAGCCACUAACCACCCAGUGGCCACAGACCAGGCCUCAGGAAACGAUACCCACCCCAUGACAUAUGUCGAGGUUCAGGGAGUCACCCCUAGGACAACCCUUGCUUUUCCACAGACUUUCCAGAUUCUAGCCAACAGUGAGAUGACUGCCCCUGGGGCUCCAGCAACCUCCACAGAGCCCCAGACAGACUCCCAGGCCCAGGAGGCUGCUACUGAGGGCCCUAGUGCUGCCAGUGCUUUCUCUCAGGCUCCACGUGCCAAUGAGCUGGACGCCACCAGGCCCAAGACGGUCUUCCUGGGUCAGAACGAUGUCUUUGAUUUCACGCAACCGGCAGGUGUCAGUGGCAUAGCCUUUCCACGGCCCAAGAGACCUGCCCCGGCCCAAGAGGCUGCCAUGGAUGGCCCCAGUGCUGCCUCUCGUGUGCCCCAGGCAGCAUCUGCCAGGGAGGUGGCAGCCGCUCAGCCCAAGACAACCAAGUCUGGGAAGGUUCUGGCCAAGACUCGGUGGGUGGAGCCUCAGAAUGUUGUGUCAGCAACUGCUGCCAAGGCCAAGAUGGCCACAAGCAUCCCUGAGCCUGAGGGUGCAGCUGCCACUGUUCAGCACAGUGCUGAGCCCCGGGCCAGGAUGGGAGGCAAGAGGACGAAGAAGUCCAAGCACCUGGAUGACGAAUAUGAGAGCAGCGAGGAGGAGAGAGAACUCCCUACAUUCCCACCGACCUGGAGAGCAUCGCAGCCCCCAUUGAUGGCGAGGACUCAGAUGACCCCUCAGCCCCCGAUGACCCUGAGGUCGCAGAUACCCUCAAGGCACAUACUGUGCUUGCCACCCCGCAAUGUGGCCCUUCUGCAAGAGAGAGCAAAUAAGUUGGUGAAGUACCUGAUGAUUAAGGACUACAAGAAGAUCCCCAUUAAGCGCUCAGACAUGUUGAAGGAUGUCAUCCGAGAAUACGACGAACAUUUCCCAGAGAUCAUUGAACGAGCAACAUACACUCUGGAAAAGAAAUUUGGGAUCCACCUGAAGGAAAUUGACAAGGAAGAACACCUGUACAUUCUUGUCUGCACACGGGACUCAUCAGCUCGCCUCCUUGGAAAGACCAAGGACACUCCCAGGUUGAGUCUCCUCUUGGUGAUCCUGGGCGUCAUCUUCAUGAAUGGCAACUGUGCCAGCGAGGCUGUCCUCUGGGAGGCACUGCGCAAGAUGGGACUGCGCCCUGGGGUGAGACACCCAUUCCUUGGCGAUCUGAGGAAGCUCCUUACAGAUGACUUUGUGAAGCAGAAGUACCUGGAAUACAAAAAGAUCCCAAAUAGCAGCCCGCCUGAGUAUGAAUUCCUCUGGGGCCUGCGAGCCCGCCACGAGACCAGCAAGAUGAGGGUCCUGAGAUUCAUCGCCCAGAAUCAGAACCGAGACCCCCGGGAAUGGAAGGCUCAUUUCUUGGAGGCUGUGGAUGAUGCUUUCAAAACUAUGGAUGUGGAUAUGGCUGAGGAACAUGCCAGGGCCCAGAUGAGGGCCCAGAUGAAUAUCGGGGAUGAAGCUCUGAUUGGACGGUGGAGCUGGGAUGACAUACAGGUGGAACUCCUGACCUGGGAUGAGGAUGGAGAUUUUGGCGACGCCUGGGCCAGGAUACCGUUUGCUUUCUGGGCCAGAUACCAUCAGUACAUUCUGAAUAGCAACCGCACCAACAGGAGAGCCACAUGGAGAGCUGGUGUCAGCAGUGGCACCAAUGGUGGGGCAAGCACCAGCAUCCUAGAUGGCCCUAGCACUAGCUCUACCAUCCGGACCAGAAAUGCCGCCAGAGCUGGUGCCAACUUCUUCUCCUGGAUCCAACACCGCUGAUGAACUGUAGCAAUCUUAACUCUCCAAGCCAGAGUGCCUCCUCAGAUUCCUUCUUCACCUAGCACUCAUGACAACUUCUACCUGUUAAUUGAAGAUGGCAUGCAAGAUGAAGCUUUCUUUACUUUUUCUGCUUUUGUUGUUUGCUUUUUCUUGUGCUUUCAUGUUUUUGAUGUCAGUGUUAUAUUAAAAUUGCAGAAUUAA